GGAUCCACUCUCAGCUCAGCAACAGACCAGGGCUUACUGUCCCUACUGUGUGUCAAGCACUACAUGAGACUUUGGCAUAAACCAUCUCAGGAGGUUCAUCUCAGGGCACAAAGGGAAGUGGCUGGAGAGGAUGAAGGACUUUGGACUUGUUGGGGAGUGGAUGGUGGAAGAAACGUUUGCUUAGCUUUCAAGCCUCCAGAGACCCAAACCUCCAUUCCAGUGAAUCAGGAUGACAACGAAGCUGUGUGCCUUGGCUGCCCCUCACACAAUGUCUUACACUAGAUGAUUUGGGCCAAAGUGCCUGAAGAAGUGGCUUCCCACACCUUUACCUUACACAGGCCUGGGACAGGCAGUCUUGACUGCCCAACCUGAGUUCUGUACUAACUGGGGAGGGGACACAGGGCCAGGAUCUAGAUAACAAUCGGAUGCCCUGAGCAUGCCAGAGCAGACAAAGGACAGACCAAGGCUGUGAUGGGAAUCCAACUGUGGCCCUCAACCAGGGUGGGUGUGUGUGUGUGUGUGUGUGUGUGUGUGUGUGUGUGUGUGUGUUUUCUAACCCCAGAACUUAAAAAUAUCUGGAGAUAUCUUUGCAGAACUUUAGGGGACCAGGACCAGCAGUGCUACUGAAAAUCUUCUAAGAUUCAUUUCGAUAAGGCUGAGGAUGAGAGUCCCUGGUGUUCAGCAAGAGAGUCCCUGAGAGAGUAAGGAGGGCUAAAAUUCCAACCUUUCUCCCAGAGGACACUUGCCUACCCUGAUGGUGUGCCCUUUAGUCAUUUAGCUGGGGGAGGCAUGGUUCUGCACUGAGAAGAAAGCAUACCAGAUCUCAUUCCACAGGCUCCUAGGCUCUGAUCUGUUGGGGGGAGGGGGGGAAUUUAAAGAAAUAUUUAGUCUUUAGUAGGUCAAAAGGUCAGACACUGAAUGUCAUCUCUUUGUAACACACAGGUAGCAGGUGAGAAGGGAUAAAGGUCUUCACUGCUACUGUUGCCAAUGGCAACAAGGAUCAGAAGCCACGGAACACGCCCACCCCCUCCCCCACCCCCUCCCCGACCCAGGUAAAUAGGAGCUGAAGCUAGUAAUAGAAGCUUACAGAAAUACUGGGGAGUCUUUCCGUGCACAGGUAUGGAAAGGGCCCAGAAUAUAUUAACUGAAAAAAAAAAAAAACCACAAACUGUAAAUUCCAGAAAAGGUCUGUGCUUUCCUUUCCUGGAAGAAGACAGAACCACACGAUCCCGCAGAAUAGUGUCAGUCCACACGCGCAAAAAGCCUUGGGUCUCUGACCACCACCGUGCAUGGGUUCACCUGGAGCGCUUUCUUGUCCAGUGCAUAUUUAAUACCACCAACUUCGCAUCAUUUCCUGGGAGAGCUGUGGGUAGUUGCUCUGCUCUUCAUCCCUAGAGUUAAAACAUCAGCUUCCUAGGAACUGGCCAGGCCACGGAUGCUGAGCUUUAGACAAAGGCCUGUAAAUGGCCUCUUCCUUGAUGACGCUAGCAAACCUGAAGGAGACGCGUUUUCAACACUCAAGAGGCGUUUGAAGAACUCCCAGGGGGGUACCGGUGAGAAUUCCAGGCGUUUGAAGAACUCUCAAGGGAAGUAAGGAGGGGGUACACAAAAACUAGGACCAAAAGCAACCUUUCCCCUUCCACACCUCCUCUUUCUAGGCUAGGAGGGGUUGGGUGAAAAGAGCAAAUGGAAGGUCUGAACUGAAAGUGGCCAACAGCAGGGACAAACCUGGCUCUGCACCAUCUUCGCCCCCGCCCCUCCCGCCCCCUGCCCCGCCCCGCCCCGAUCCCCGCUCCGCCCUCUCACCCUGGGAGGAGGGAUCGCUACAAUGGACCCUCCUGCGGGCUUUGUGCACUCUUGGAAUCCAGCUGUCGCCGCCCCGCGGAGCCCCGUGUCCCCCGAGGGCGCCCAUUUCCGGGCCGUCCAUCACCCGGAGUGCAUUGGCAGCAACCGUCCGGGCCGAACCCACAGCCGCUCCCGCCUUCUUGGUGUCAGGCGAUCCCCAGUCUGUCCCAAAAAUGCCUGUGGACUUCAACGGGUACUGGAAGAUGCUGAGCAAUGAGAAUUUCGAGGAGUACCUGCGCGCGCUCGACGUCAACGUGGCCUUACGCAAAAUCGCCAACUUGCUGAAGCCAGACAAAGAGAUCGUGCAGGAUGGCGACCACAUGAUCAUCCGCACGCUGAGCACUUUUCGGAACUAUAUCAUGGACUUCCAAGUUGGGAAGGAGUUUGAGGAAGAUCUGACAGGCAUAGACGACCGCAAGUGCAUGACCACUGUGAGCUGGGAUGGUGACAAACUCCAGUGUGUGCAGAAGGGAGAGAAGGAGGGACGUGGCUGGACGCAGUGGAUCGAGGGUGAUGAACUUCACCUGGAAAUGAGAGCUGAGGGUGUGAUCUGCAAGCAAGUGUUUAAGAAAGUACACUGAGCAGCCCGAACAGCCCGAGGAGAUAACCUUGGUCUUCAGGAACAAGUGGGAUGGGCCUGUGGUCAGGAGCCCCCUCUGCCUAACAUGGGGACCGAAACGCAUACCCACCCCAGGCUUCUGCCAGCGAAGUCUCUCUCUUUGCCUGGUCUCUUUUCCUUUUCUUAAAAUGAAGCGACCCCAAUAAAAGUGAUCUCUGUUUAAA